CGCGGCGGCGCUGGCGAUGGCGGCGGAGGAGGACGGCGACGUGGAGUGGGUGGUCGACACCAUCGCCGGGUUCCUGCGAGGGCCCGCCUGGUCCAUCCCCAUCUUGGAGUUCAUGGAGAAGAAGUGCGAGGUUUUUGAUGAUGAAGAAGAAAGCAAGUUGUCUUACACAGAAAUUUAUCAGGAGUACCAAGCUUUGGUUGAAAAAUUAUUAGAAGAUUAUCUUAAAGAAGUUGGAAUUAAUGAGGAGAAAUUUCAAGAAGCGUUUUCAUCUCCUCUUGCAAAGACACACACUUCACAGGCUAUUUUGCAAACAGUGUUGGCAGCAGAAGAUUUUAGACUAUUUAAAACAAUGAUGGUUCAGAAAAAUAUUGAAAUGCAAUUGCAAGCCAUUAGGAUCAUUAAAGAAAGAAAUGGUGUGUUGCCUGAGUGUUUGACAGAGGGUACCGAUGUAUUCAGUGAAAUUGAAGAAGAAGAAAUGAAAAUACUAAGGGAGGUUCUAAGGAAGUCAAAGGAAGAAUACGACAUAGAGCAAGAAAGGAAGAGGACUGAAGAAGCACGUGACAAACAUAAAUCACCAGAUGUAACCCACAGCUUUCCAGGACAGUCAAGAGAAGCUGUAAAAGUUAAGGAGCCUACUGAGGCAGCUGGUUGUUCUGAAGAAACUCCAAAAGUUCCAUUAGAGGAAUCUCGGAAACCUGUGAGGGAAGACUUAAAACCAGUGCGCCCGUUGCCAAAAGGAACAGACAGCUUACCUCAGCCCUCCUCCACCAAAGGGAAAGAAGACAGCAAGAAAAGGUCAGCUGGAAAAUGUUCAGACAGUGCAUCACAAAAAGCUGGAAUGAAAGGACCUGAUUUAUCAGAACUUGAGAAACAGGAGCUCAAGCAACGAGAGGACUACCUAAAGAAAAAACGAGAUACACUGAUGGCUACAAAGAAAGAGUCAAGGAACAGUGUACCAUUACCAACAAACACAGGCCAGAAAGAAGAGGAAUCAUCUCCAAAAGAGGAAAUGACAGAAGAGAAGCAAAGAUUACUACAGAAGAGGAAAAUGCUUGCAGAAAAACUAAAAGAAGAAGUUAUUAAUAAGCGGUAAUUUUCAGAAGCUCAUUGCAAACUCCAUGAAUAUAAGUAUGUUUUUAGAAUAAAUAAUAUAAUCAAUAAUUGAAUGGAUUUGUUUUCCAAUAUUAGAGAACUUUCAGACAAGGAUUUCAGUAAUUUAUAUACAAAAAAAAUUAAAAUUACAUUGCAAUACACUAAAGCCACUUAUUAAUCAAAUGCUGGAAACUCAUUAGCUGUCACAGGAACAUACUGAACAGUGGGGCCAUUUAUCACCCAUGCAGCAGACUGAUUUUCUAACCACUGGCCUCAGCCACUUGGUGUUACAGAAAACCAAAGCAGACUGAGGUCUGUUAAAGUAAUUCUUACAUCAGCAGGUCACAGUGAGUUAAAACUUUUAACUUUUUUAUUCUAAAAAUUGUAGAACCUUGUUAGUAUUAUAAAAAAAUACUAUUUUUCAGCUGUGCAAUGUAAUAAAGUCUUAUUUCACAAGGAAGUGCAACUAUGACCAUCUUAUUUUUGAGGAACAGGUAACAACUUAAAGCUGAAGC